AGAGGCGGUGUUGUCGCUACUGUGUCACGUGGGGUGCUCUGGCCUAUGCUAGCGCCGGAAGUACCUCGGGGACUGCCGGAAGUAUCUCCGUGACUACCGGAAGUGCCGCUCUGCGCCGCGCCAUGGCUGGGAGAAGGCGAUUUAUUUAGGACUCUUGCCCCUUCUAUCCCAAUGGCACACAUCACCAUAAAUCAGUAUUUGCAACAAGUGCAAGAAGCUAUUGACAGCAGAGAUGGACAGUUUUGUGCAGAAUUGGUAUCAUUUAAACAUCCACAUGUUGCAAACCCAAGGCUUCAGCUUCCAUCUCCAGAGGAAAAGUGUCAACAAGUUUUGGAACCACCAUAUGAUGAAAUGUUUGCAGCCCACUUAAGAUGUACUUACGCCGUUGGAAACCAUGACUUUAUAGAGGCGUACAAAUGCCAAACCGUUAUUGUCCAAUCUUUCCUGCGAGCAUUUCAGGCACAUAAAGAAGAAAAUUGGGCUUUACCUAUUAUGUAUGCUGUAGCCCUUGAUCUUCGAAUUUUUGCUAAUAACGCAGAUCAACAGCUGGUAAAGAAGGGGAAAAGCAAAGUUGGCGACAUGCUAGAAAAAGCAGCAGAACUGCUGAUGAGCUGUUUUCGAGUCUGUGCCAGUGACACUCGAGCAGGCAUUGAAGAUUCCAAAAAGUGGGGCAUGUUGUUUCUCGUGAAUCAGCUGUUCAAAAUUUAUUUUAAGAUCAAUAAGCUCCAUCUAUGUAAACCCUUAAUUAGAGCAAUUGACAGUUCAAACCUGAAGGAUGAAUAUAGCAUGGCACAGCGAGUUACAUACCGAUACUACGUUGGACGCAAAGCCAUGUUUGACAGCGACUUUAAGCAAGCUGAAGAGUAUCUGUCAUUUGCUUUUGAGCACUGUCACCGUUCAAGCCAGAAAAACAAAAGAAUGAUUUUGAUCUACCUGCUGCCUGUAAAAAUGUUGUUGGGCCAUAUGCCAACUGUUCAGCUCUUAAAAAAGUACGACCUUAUGCAGUUUGCUGAAGUAACAAAGGCUGUGAGUGAAGGCAAUCUUCUCCUACUGAAUGAAGCUCUGACCAAGCAUGAGACCUUCUUCAUUCGAUGUGGAAUCUUUCUUAUCCUCGAGAAGCUGAAAAUCAUCACAUACAGAAAUCUCUUUAAGAAAGUAUAUUUACUGCUCAAAACACAUCAGUUAUCCCUAGAUGCCUUUCUUUUUGCUCUGAAAUUCAUGCAAGUAGAUGAUGUUGACAUUGAUGAAGUCCAGUGCAUUUUAGCUAAUCUUAUAUAUAUGGGUCAUAUUAAAGGCUAUAUAUCUCAUCAGCAUCAAAAACUUGUGGUCAGUAAGCAGAACCCAUUUCCUCCUCUGUCAACGGUGUGUUGAGUAUUGUGUCUUACCCAUGCAAGAACAGAUCUGCAACUUGCCCAGUGGAGCUGCUCCUCAUCAGCCAGAGAACAUUAUAAAUACCUGGUUCAUAUCCAAGGCUGGAAUACCAGGAACUGUGUGUGGCUCCUUUCCCAGAAUGACCAAGGCUGUCGGUGUAACAAAAUGCAUCAACUACUUUUCAGUAGUGGUUUCUGAAGGUUUCUUAGAUCAUUAAAAGUAUCUCCUGAGGAAAUAAAAGCAAAGCGUUCCAAAGAUCUUC